CUCGCACUAUCGGGGUUAAGAUGCAUCUUAGCGCGAGUGCAUCAUCAAGGCGGAGCGCAUAUAUAAGUCGUCCAUGUUUCUCCUCCAUAACCCCUCUGCGUGCACGGCACUAGCAAGCAACAAAUCACAAUACAUAGGCAUCGGACCACUGUGACGGUAGCAGGCACACCAGCAUCACCGAGGCAAGAUGUCGUCCGACAAAAAGGUAAUUCUCGUGACUGGAGCCAAUACUGGACUAGGCUACGAGGUAAUUAAGGCUCUGUACGCCACAGACGUGCCCUACGAGCUGGUCAUCGGGACACGCAGCGUCGCCAAAGGUGACGAGGCCAUUGCAACUUUGAAGACGGAGGUGACCAGCUCCCCAUCAACCCUGAGCAGGCUGCAAGUGGACCUGGCAUCGGACGAGUCCCUCGAGGCUGCCGUCACGAGCCUCGCCGACAAGUACGGGCGCAUUGACGCCCUCGUAAACAACGCGGGCGCCGGCUUCGACGGCCAUAUUCGUGACGGCAAGAUGUCAAUCCGCGAGGCCUUCAACGCCAGCUGGGACACCAACGUGAGCGGGACGCAAGUGCUGACCACCCUCGCCGUCCCGCUCCUUUUAAAAUCCUCGGACCCGAGGUUGAUGUUUGUGACAUCAGGGACAUCGUCCAUAGCUGAGACACAGCCUGAGAACUGGGGGCCACUGGCGCACAUGCUGGGCCGUAUCAACGCGUCGCCGGAUCAGGGGUGGCCCAAGGCGAAGGAACUCAACCCCAUCACUAGCUAUCGAUCCACCAAGGCAGGGCUUAACAUGUUAAUGAGAGAGUGGGUUAGACUCCUUCGAAACGAUGGAGUCAAGAUCUGGGCUAUCAGCCCCGGUUUCCUGGCGACGGGGCUUGGCGGCGUCGGGAAGGAGCAAUUGCUCAAGAUGGGGGCUUUAGAACCUCACGUUGGUGGGCAAUUCGUGCGGGAUGUUGUCCAGGGAAAGAGAGACCAGGACACAGGGAAAGUUAUAAGGAGUAACACAAUUCAGUCCUGGUAG